AACUCAUCAUAGAAUUCUUUAUCACAACACCACGCGCGCUUGUCUAGUUGUGAAAUCUGUGUCCUGUGUUCUGUGUGCGCUGGCGUUUUUGAAAAAUUUCGAAAAAAUAGUUCUUGAAGGCGUCUGCAAAAAUAAAUACACAUACACACACCACACGCACACACAUAAAUAUACACACACACGCUCAUAUAGCGCGGCGGUACGGUCGAGCGGUACAGAAACAGGCAGCGUAAUACCACGUAACCACGUAAAAUAACCAAAACCCAAAUCGCAAGUCCAAGAAACAGGAAACGGAAGUCGGUAUAAAACGCGGGCCAACAGCUCCGCUUCGCAAACGGUAAACAGUUUGAACGCCGACGCCAAACCGUUUAACCGUUUCGAGUGCGCGUAAUUCGUUUACCAGUCCAAAAGUCAAACCAAAAAAAAAAGAAAUAAUAAUAAAUAAUAAUAAUAAGAAAAUUAAGAAAUAAUUAACCGACGGCAUUCUGCAACUACUUGGGCAACAUUUUUUUACUGUGAUUUUUUUCUCAGUUCUGUCGCGUACCACGAAUACCAUUCAAUAUCAUUCAAUUCAUUAACUAGCCAACGGCCAAGAGUAUAAAUACAAGUGCAGUGCAUACGAUCGAUCGAAGAUCAAAGAUCGAAGAAGCCAAUAUAUAAAGUAGAAAUAUAUAUUUAUAUAGUUUAGGGCGCAGUUGAGCGGGCCCAGUGCAUUUGAUAUUUGUUGAUGUCCUGCAUGCAGGACACGUGCUAAGGCUGUCCCAGUAAGUGCUUCAAAAUUUACUCGCCAACCACUUUCGACGCCUCCAGGGCGUUCAAGCUGGAGGAGGAUUUCGUCGGCGGCUGCAUGACAAUGUCGAUGUACUCGACGACGGAUAAAAUGAAAAUGUCAGCGCCCAGUUGUUUUCCAGGACGCUACAGUCCCUCCUAUCGAAGUUCGGAGCAAAUGCGUCGCUGCAUGCCAAAUCCAUCUAUUCACAUCUCAUCAUCUUGCGAUUCUCUCGAGAGUCGUUUGUUAGAAGAUGCUUCCCUAUUAUGCAAUUCGUGGUCAGCACGUCAGAAUGGUGAUAUCUUCGCGGGCAUCAACGAUGGAAUCCUCAGCAGAGCGGAGGCCCUGGCCGCCGUCGACAUCCAAAAGCACCAAGCCCAGCAUGUACAUAGCCAAAUGCCCUCCCAAAUCAAGCACGACGUCAUGUACCACCAUCACUCCAUGAGUGGGCCUCCCCAGCGUCCGUUGCAGGAAAAUCCUUUUUCUCGACAGAUGCACCACUCGAUGGACCAGCUGGACAUGCUGGAUCCGACGGGCUCGAUGACCACACUGGCGCCCAUCUCGGAGUCGCCGCUGACGCCCACACACCAACACCUGCACGGUUCCUAUCACAGCAUGAAUCACAUGAUGAGCCACCACCAUCCGGGCACGUUAAGUGGCCACACGGGGGGACAUCAUGGACACUCGGCGGUACAUCAUCCUGUUAUCACGGCGGCGGUGGCUGCCGCUGGCCUGCAUCCCGACACAGAUACCGAUCCUCGCGAGCUGGAGGCGUUUGCGGAGCGCUUCAAGCAGCGGCGCAUCAAGCUGGGUGUCACGCAGGCGGACGUGGGCAAAGCCCUGGCCAAUCUCAAGUUACCUGGCGUCGGAGCGCUGUCGCAGAGCACGAUCUGUCGAUUCGAGAGCCUGACCCUGUCCCACAACAACAUGAUCGCCCUCAAGCCCAUCCUGCAGGCGUGGCUCGAGGAGGCCGAGGCGCAAGCGAAAAACAAGCGGCGCGAUCCGGAUGCGCCCAGUGUCCUGCCGGCGGGCGAAAAGAAAAGAAAAAGGACUUCCAUUGCGGCACCUGAAAAGCGUUCCCUGGAAGCCUACUUUGCCGUCCAGCCGAGGCCAUCCGGUGAGAAAAUCGCAGCGAUUGCCGAAAAGCUGGAUUUGAAGAAAAACGUGGUGCGCGUCUGGUUCUGCAAUCAACGUCAAAAACAAAAACGUAUAGUUAGUAGUGUAACACCCUCAAUGACUGGCCACGGUUCGGCGGGAUUUGGAUACUGAUAGUCGUUUAUGACGGCAGCGGCGGCGGUUAACACGGCAGCGGCAGCGGCGGCAGGAGCGGCACAUGCAACAUUGGGAACGGCGGCGGCGGCGGCAGCGGCGACAUCGGCCUGUCUGGGCGACUAUUAUCUGUAGUUAUCUGUAUCGGAAUGCUGGUUCUGAUCCGAUCCAAACCGAUAUCGAUACCGAUCCUGCUCCUGCUCCAGAUCCUGCUCCUGCACCUGCUCCUGAUCCUCGUACAUUUAGUAUUCUUCGCAACGGCGGCAGCAGCACCACCACCACCACGAACAUCACAACCAUCACAACCACAAGGGCAACCACAACCACAACCACAAUAACCACGACGAUGACCACUUCGCUCCAUGUCUUUCACUCAGUAAUCAACCAGCAGCGGCCAGAAAUAAUACUAAUAAUAAUAGCAGCAUUACACAGAACUAUAACAUUUAUAUACACCUUCUCCUCAACUAUAUACUCGUAUAUCCCCCGAUUCUUAAGCCCCCCUUCCUCCGAUCAUUCAGAGAGAGAGAGAGAGAGAGUGAGUAAGCGAGAGAGGGAGAGCUAUACCCCAACAACUGAAAGCCCAAAAAUCGAAAGCUGAAAAAUGGAGAAAACUCGAGCAUUACCCAAGUAAACAUCGUUUGCAACUAAGACACAACCAAUGAGAAUGCAAAUUGAAUACCAAGAAAUACAAGAAUUUUUUUAGGAACGAAUAAUGAAACAAUGGACCAACAUAUCAAAUGCAAUAAUUUAUUGAAUUGUAUAAGAACAAAGGAAAAAAAAAACGAGCAAAAAGCGGUGAACAAAUUGAAAUGAUAAAUCAAUUGAACACGGGCCUUCCCCUCCAAAACGAGAACCCCCAACUGCUACUGCCCAACAACAAGGAUACACAGGACAUUACACGCACACACUGAUACACAACUAAACACACACACGCACAGACAAACACACACAGACACAGAAACAGAAACAGAGACAGAGAGACACACAAAGACCAAAAGAAUGCCAAGAAAUUGCUUCAAGUGAUCCGAUAAUAAGAAUCUAAGCUUAUAAAUCUAAGGAAAAGGCAAAAUGAAUGUGGACGAGCUGGGGAAGAGGUAAAACCCAUGGACAAAAGCAGCAACAGCAACAGCAGCAGCAGCAGCAACAUGAGUUCCAUGUUGCAUGCAGCAUGCAGCAAGCAGCACUAGCAACUACCACUACACUGACAAACCCGCACACAUGCCCCCUCCCCCCCUCAAAAAAAAACAGAAGCGCUAUGCAUUAGCCACUGUAUAUAUGCUAUAUACAUAUAGGGAACUUUGAUUCGAUUGUAAAUACCGCAGCUAUAUAUGCAACACCUACACACACCCACUCACACACACACACACACACACACACACACAUCAACUGUAGCCAAAGGAAACCAGAAACAAAACGAUUUUCAGCUAGCUUACAGUAGACAUUCUAUAAGUAAUCCGUACAGCCCAAACCCAAGUUCCAAAUCCGUAGUACCCAUCCAAACGAGAGAAAAAAAUCCUGGAUUUCCCCCCCGCCAAAGAAGAAAAGAGAAAGCAACACACACUCGCCCCAAAAAGCAAAAACAGCUAAGCAAAGGCAUAAUUUAAUUUUUUUUUGUCUAAUUAUAAGUAAACUAAUGCAAGAACGAUAUCAUCAAGGAAACAAAAAAACAAAAAAAAAUGUUAGCAGCAACUGGAGAUAUUGCAACGAAUUUAAAAUGUUGCCAAACUAAACUAAACUAAUGCAGAAGGGGAAACCUAAAGUCACAUAUAAAUAUAAAAACAAACAACUCUAUGACAACUAUGAAUUACAUAUAAAUAUAUAGUAUAUAUAUAAAGAAUUUUAAAAAAAUUAUAUACUAUACAUACCAUUUUUUUUUUUGUUUUUUUUUUAUUGUAUAAUUUAGCACAUUUCAUAGUUCUAACUAGACUUGUACAUAUAAAAACGAAGAUAUAUAAAGGUAUCGGAUAAAUAUAUAUAUACAUAUAUAUAUAUAUAUAUAUAUAUAUAGAGUGCGUGUGAGUGAUUUUGAAUGAGUAGCCAUAAAAGGAAAACCAAAAAAUGAAAAUAAAAAAAAAAAAACACGAAAAACCAAACUCAAGCGCGAAAUUCAAUAAUAAUUUUAAACGAAAGCUAAAUAAAAUAAAAUAACAAAUAGUUUUGUAUCGAAUGGGAUUGGAACACUAAAUCGAGAAAAAAGCCCAACAUUUUGCCGACAAAUUAGUGCAUAAACAAUGUAAACCAAUUAAAAAAAACGUCAAAUUUUUUUCAUAAAACCAAAACAAAAUGCGCAUAAUAAUAUUUAUAAAAAAUUAUAAUACAUACCAUUGAUAACGGUACAUGCCCAAGCUCAUAACUACAUUUAAAUUUAAUUUUAGUAGUUUCUAGACACAAGAAAUACUGUAGCAUGAAAAUCAAUUGAUUGCAGCGCUCGAGUGCUGGCGGAGAUAUAUAAGUAAAUAAUAAAAAUGCAGCGAAGAGCAACAAAAAGUAA